AUGGGCAGGAAACCCUCGGCUUCCGCCGCCGCCGCCGCUGCGGCUGCGGACCACGAUUCCACCGUCGCCAGCGCCAAGGCCGCCGAGCUCCUAGCAGCAGCCGCUGACUGCGAGGGUAUCCAUGGGCACUCCAUGUUCUUCGACGCCCUCGUGCAGCUUAUACCCCCGCGCUUCUACCUCUCCGCCGACGAUGAUGUUCGCCCCUACUACCAGGGCCUCUCCAAGGCCGCCAAGGCGGCCAUGAAGGCUCAGUCCCGCGCCAAUAUCAAGGCUGCCCGCCGAGCCCGCCUCGACCCGGCGGGGCCGCCUUCCUCCACCCUGGACCUUCUCAAGAAGUCCGUCGCCGACCAAGAGGCGGAGGAGAAGAAGGAAGAGGAGGAGGAUAACUCACAAGACGGAAGCCAGGAGUCCGACGACGAGGCAACCUCAGAGGGCGGCGACGAUGACCAGGACAACGAGGAGGGAGAUGAAGAGGAGGAAGAGGAGGAGGAGGCAGAGGAUGAGAAGCAGGAGAUGCAGAUGGCCCCGGCAGCAGUUGUCUCUGAAGAUCGGUCGGUGACUUACGAGGAGCUGCGAGAGCGGCUUCAACGCCGCAUUACAGAGCUCCGUGGGAACCGGUGCACCAGGCCGGAGUUCCUGAAUAAGCCCCAGAAGGAGAAGGGUAAGAAGGGAAAGGGUGCUAAAGUGAAGGGGAAGGAAGAGGGUACAAAGCGGAAGCGUGAGGAUGGCACUGGGGAUGCAGAGGGUAAGGAUGGGAAGAAGCACAAGAAGGAAGGGGAAGAGAAGGCACCAGAUAUCAUGUAUGGCAAUGUGUUGGUUGAUCCAAAGGAAGCAAGGCGGAGGAAGAAGAGGAGGAUCAAGAACAAGAAGAAGGAGCUGGAGCAGGCUAAGCGGAUGCAGCGGGCAAAGGAGGAUCCUAAAAAGGCCACCAAGAUGGCCUGGGAUGUGGCAACAAGGCGCGCGGCUGGGGAGAAGGUGCACGACAACCCCAAGUUGAUUAAAGAGAGCAUGAAGAAGGAUAAGAAGCGGCAGGAGAAGCAUGCGGAGGAGUGGAAGGACAGGCAGAGGACAGUGGACAUCAAGAAGAAGCAGAAGCAGAAUAAGCGGAAGGAGAACAUCCAGGGCCGGGCGCAGGAGAAGAAGGCACGCAAAAUAGAGAAGCGCGAGAAGAAGCUUAUGCGCCCUGGUUUUGAGGGGCGCAAGGAAGGCUAUGUCAACGAGUGA